AUGUUAUUGGGAUUACCAACAACUAAUGGAGCACAAACAUUGGGUGAAGGACAAGUUUUAUUGGAAAAGAUUGGAGCUGAAUUGAUAGAUAUGGAGCAAAUUCAAAUCCAUCCAACUGGGUUCAUCAAUCCAAAAGAUCCUGGAAGUAGAUGGAAGUUUCUUGCAGCUGAAUCACUAAGAGGAAUUGGUGGUGUUUUAUUGAAUACAGAUAAGAAUGAAAGAUUUAUUAAUGAAUUAAGUACAAGAGAUGUUGUUAGUCAAGCAAUUUUAAAACAACAGGAUUCCAAGGCUUUAUUAGUGUUGAAUGAUGAUAUGUAUCAAGAUUUUAAGUUUCAAUUAGACUUCUAUAUCAAGCAAGGUUUAGUUGUCAAGACAAGUGUUAAAGAUUAUUUCAAAGAGAAUGCAGGAAAAGUUGUUGAUUUACUUUCAAGAUAUUCCAAAGAGUCUAUCAGUGAUGAAUUCAACAGAGAAUACAAGGCACAUGUGUUCAAAGAGAUGAAGGUUUCAAGUGAGUUGCUCAUUGCAGAGAUCACACCAGUUGUUCACUUCACGAUGGGAGGAGUUAAGAUUAAUGGUGAUGGACAGGUUCUUGACACGAAAGGAGAUGUUAUUGAAGGGCUCUACGCUGUUGGAGAGGUGAGUGGAGGAGUCCACGGGGCCAAUAGAUUGGGAGGGAACAGUCUGCUCGAGUGUGUAGUGUUUGGGACGAGUGCAGCGAAGAGAAUAGCUGGAGAACUGGGCAAGUUGUGA